GUUUUUUUGUUUCUUUUGGGUUCAAAAUGUUGAUCCAAUAAGCCAAAGUGAAAAUGUAAUUAUCAGGUCGUAUGGGUGAGGUUGUGCUGAAAAACAUGAUACCAACAUGGCAUGAGAACAUUUUUCAACAGAGACUUCAAAGGGUUAAAAAAUUGUCUAUUUCCGUCAUGUUCUUAUGUGCCUUGGCCGCUGUGUGUCGCUUCGGGUCUGCUCGUGUUUCCUCGUCAAUUUCCGGCUCAUCUCUUCACUGAGACUUCGUGAAAAACAAACCGUAGAGCAGGCGGCCUCUCUGUGGGGUAGCGCGGCUUAGUCUUGCACGUUUCCGUUAAUUAUCCGUUGAUUUUCACCGGUUACCGGUAGACGGUUACGUGUUUUACGGUUCUUCUCCGGUUCGUGCCAGGCUCGGCUCCGCUCGGACCGAGAUUCUGCCCCGCGGCUGCUCGGUCACACUCGGCUCUUGUCGUUUCGGCGGAGGAAUGGACGAAGCGGACUCGGCCACGAAGGCGCUCGGGCUGGAUGAACCGCCCAUCGGCAUGCCGCAGCCGGAGGAAGUGGGCUCGGAUACCGAGUCGGAGGCCGAAGUCACCACGAUGGCCGUGAUGGCGGAACCGGGAAACAUCGACAUGGGAGCCGAGUCCCUGCCGAACCCAGACGAGGCCGAGGCGGCAUUCGCAGAGGUGACGGCUGUGACGGUUGGAGACGUUCAAUCAGCAGACGACAACGUUUUUACCACGACGGUUGCCACGUCAGGAAGUCUCCCUGAACACGUGCUGAGCGGGAGGACGACCCUCCAGCUGGGUGACGGCCUCAGCACCCAGAAGGCCACCUUGAUCGUGGUUCACACUGACGGCAGCAUCGUGGAGGCUACAGGCCUCAAGUCUGCUGCAGCAAUGACACCAGGACCGCCGACCCCUCCCACCCCACUGACUCCCCCCCAGGACAAAGACUCGUGCUCCAAGUACAACUGGGACCCGUCGGUCUACAACAACGAGCUGCCGGUGCGCUGCAGGAACACCAGCGGAGUCCUCUACAAGAACCGACUGGGAUCAGGGGGUAAAGGUCGCUGCGUCAGACACAACCAGCAGUGGUUCACGCCGACUGAGUUUGAAGGUCUGGCAGGAAGAGCGAGCAGCAAAGACUGGAAGAGGAGCAUCAGAUACGCUGGCAGGCCUCUGCUCUGCCUCAUACAGGAGCGGAUCCUGAACCCCCAUGCUGCCUCCUGUACCUGUGCAGCCUGCUGUGAUGACCUCACAGGGUACUUCUUCCACCUGGAGAACCUGCAGGAUCAGGGAACAGCUAAGAUCAGGAGUCGGAGGAGCGAAGAACGAAGAUCAUCUUUAUCAUGUCCAAAGGACGGAGACAGUCUGGUGACAGAAAACAUCAGUAUGACUGGUCCAGUUCGCCUCUUCGUUCCGUAUAAGAGACGGAAGAAGGACAACGAGCCUUCGGUCACGUCCCCGAAAAAGGAGCUUCCUACCACCAAAAACAUCACGCUGACCCCGGGGACCACAUUCACGGUGUCUCCGUCAGGACAGUUCACCACCUCCGGCACCUUGACCUUUGACCGCUCUCCAUCGGGCGACGCCACCGCCGCCGCCGCCGCUGCUGCUGCCAUCAUCUCAGAAGGCUCGUCACAGAGCGAGGUGUUCACCAGUACAGCAGUGUUGACGGCGUUGCCGGCGCUGGCCGUGGCGCCCCAGCCCGUUCAGGCCAAGAUGGCGGUGACGGUAGCGGCGGCGGCGUCUCCGUCGGCGGGGCUGGUGGGCGGGCUGGAGGUGGGGCCCGUUGGGAGGGUGGCAGCGGCGGGCAGCGAGGGCCAGAAGAACACGUGGAUCUACCUGGAGGAGAUGGCCAACACGCUGAUGAGCAACGUCCAGCAGCUGAAGGCUCUGAUCGACCAGGCCAAACACUCUGCAGGGGACACCGCCGGGGUCAAAGGUCAGGGAGGCAGGAAGGAGUGUGGUCUCACUCAGUCGUUUCAGAACCAGAUCACGUUCCAGCAGCCGGACGACUCGGAGGCCAAGCGGAGCUCCGACAGCCUCACUGAGAUCAUCAUCAACCAGAUGUGUGUGAACUGCGGCCGUAUGGCGAUGAGUGAGUGUACGGGCUGCCACAAGGUCAACUACUGCUCCACGUUCUGUCAGAGGAAGGACUGGAAGGAACAUCAGCACACCUGCUGUCAGUCAGCAGGGGGCGUGGCUGUUCAGGAGGACGAGCCAAUCACAGCCAUGGAACUGGACAAAGUCAAAUGACAUCAUCAUGACAUCAUCAUCAUCGCCGGACAGGAAGUCCUCUUCAGGUGCAAAGAGGAGAAUUUGCUCUGAGGACUUAAAAUCUCCUCACUGGAACUUUUAUUUUGAAAUUUUCCUCUCAGACCGACAAGAAAUGAAGUUCUCUGAUCUUCUGAGAGAUAAAAACUUUAUAUUUAUAGAGAGAAGUUUCCACAUUCACUCCAAUGCAGUAGUUUUUCGCUACAAGUUUAAUCAUAAAAUGGGAUGGUUUUGGUGUUGCCUUAACUAUCAUUUCAUUAUCCAUUCAUCUGUAAAGUAUUUUCUUAGUUUAUUAUUUUACAAACAGUCAUAAAGAUGUUUUUUAUUUCUUAUCUUCCCUCAGUGACGGUUUUCUCUCUGUUGUUUUUAUGAAAAAGGAUUUUGCUGACAUUUUUACUCUCGAUAAACAGAUUUGAAUCUCCGUCCAGAGUCUGUCCUGGUUUAAUAAAGGUCAAGCAUAUCAAUAAAAUAUUAAAUAAGUAUUAUUAAAUUAAGCCCUCCCCAUCCUGGCCAGUACAUGGAGAUGAGUUAUCUGUUGUCUGCUGUUAAUGUGUUGUUGUUUUUUAUUAUUUUGACUCUAAAUCAAAAAGUACUCUGACUUUUAAAGGUUUUCUUUAUUUUAAUUCCAGCUAAAAUAAUUUUUAUCUGGCAGUUUGUCUGUUUUCUAAGAAGAAACUCAAAGUCCUGGAAAAUGCUUUGUACUUAAUAUUAUCUUGUGUGUACAAGAUAAUAAAACAUCUAAAUAAAUAUUUUUAAAAU